AUGCGAUUUGCCAUUCUGCUUGUGGUCACCACUAGCUUCUUGAACUAUGCCUUUGCCUCGCCUGCUGCAGCAAAACAUAUCGAAGAGAGAGGUACCGAAGUCUCAAUAGUCCAUAUCUCCAAUGCACUUACCAUCUUCGUAGCCUUAGCUUCGAAAAGCUGCCAUAGGGACAACCUCUUCCGGUCAUUCAUCGAUACAAAAUACAGCUCCGCUGCAAGUGUCUUCUGCAGUACUUUUAUUCAACCUAAGAUAACUUCGACGACAACUUCAACGUCUACACUCAACGUUCUGGCCGCUGUCACAGUGUCUACAGCUGUCACAACGAUAUCUACCACCACUGCCACACUUUCGACAGCGACAAUCACAGCGGGAACGACCACCAUCACUGGAGGAACAACCACGGUGACUGCGUACACGGUUACAUACACUCAUUUUACCUCCGUGACGGUAGCCACCGUAACUCAGACCCAGACAAACACUCUCACCGGUACAGUUACUCUCACAACUGGGACCUCGACUGCAAGCACGCUCCUACCACGUGCGGUUACGACACCCAUCAUGCCCCCGGCUCUGAUCGAAGAGAGGGCUGUUACCACAUCACCAGGCUGGCAUACAUAUCCAUCCUCAAGACUCUCAAGCGCUUGUUCCUGCAUUCUGAACGCACUGCCGUCUCCUACCACGAUUCUCAGCACAGCUACAGUGUCCGUCACAGUAACAAGCACCUCGAGUAUUACAGAGACAAAUUCGGUUAUCGCGACCAAGUUCGCUGUUGAAACGACCACUGUCACCGCCAUCCAGACAAUCACGCAAACAGAUCUGGCCACUUCAACUGUAGCUGUGACUUCAACAUGUUCUGUUACCGCAACCGAGACCACCACCAUCUCAGUGACAACGACCACCACACGGCUCCCCUGUCCCACGCUAGUAGGCAAUUUGAUGCAAAAUGGCGACUGGGAGACCGGUACCAACGAAGGCUGGGAAAUUUUCCGAUAUGGCGCAACCGACCCUUCCGUCAGCCCUGAAGCAGCAGAAACCUGUCAAUUUGGAUUCAAAGCAAGGGCCGGAGGGGGUGGAACUUACUUCCACAUGUUUCACAAAGUAGCACCCAUUGAGGGAAAGUCAUAUACAUUCCAGGGCAGCUACAAGUUCUUGACAGACGACGACUGCAUCUUGAAGGUGAGUGCACCGGGAGUGCCGGAGACGGAUAUUUACAACACACCCGCUUUCGCGGGUAAAUGGCAGCAGUUCACAUUCACUCGUAUUGCCCCAGUACCCGGGAGUGAUAUCCGGACCCCGGGUGAUGUCUGGUUACUAAUAGACUGUCGAAUCAACAGUGGUGGCCCAAUCGAUAUCAUGCACCUAGAUAAUUGGAGUAUGGUACCGAUCUAG